UGCAUAUAUGUAUAGCAUAGCAGUACACAUUUCUUACUUUUAUUCAAACAUGCUAACAUGCAAAGCUGGAUUUGAGAGUGGGAGGAGCUUGUGUGCAUAGUCUCAAUCUGUUGGGACAGAUAUCAUAUCAUAUUUCUAUUGGCCCUUUGGCUUCUCCCUCCAAAGGCAGACUGCUACAUAUAGGUGACGUUGACAGGGGCAUACAUGUAAACCAUCAAAUUAGAUAGAACUGACUGAAGAAAAAGUGAAGACCAAUACUGUCAGAGUACUAAAUCUGCUGAGCGUUCGGAUGGCAGAGAGAGGCGCCAGUGAUGGUGAUCCAGGGGAGAGGGGGUUGCGGACACAAGCGGAUAAACAACCUUCUCCGGCUGAAGAGGGCAGCGCGGUUCUAGAAGCUGUCCCGGACCGUCAAGUCGUUAACUGCCAGGAAGGUCAGGCCCAGCCCCCUGGUCCUCAAAGCACAGAGGCUCCUGGGUCUCCUGAAGAGGACUCCGGCUCAGAGUGUCCAGGAUGCCAGGCCAUGGGUGCCCUGGUGCUUCCCUGUGGGCACAGGCUCUGCACAGCUUGCGUCCAGCUCAGCGGCGGGGGCCGGGGGGAGAUGGGCCCCGGCUGCUGCACCGUUUGCUACGGGACCCAGCUGAUGGACUCGGUCCUUCACACCCUGCUGGAGGUCCUGUUCCAGGGCCAGUCCAGGAGGCCCCCGGAGGGAGGAGGAGAUGGGAAGAAGGCCGCUGUGGAAGCAGGGGACUCAGGUAGGGCCGGUGUGGAGGAACUCUGCUCACGGCACGGCCAGCCUUGCACCAUGUUCUGCUUGGAGGAAGAGGAGCCACUCUGUGAGGAGUGUGUUGAGGAGGAACACGACCACCACCACUGCUGCUCCUUACAGGAGGCCGUCAGGGCUUGCAAGAGCGAGUUGCAAUCUUCUCUUCAAUCCCUAAGAGAGCAGCGGGAGACUCUGAAGUCCAUUAGGGAUUCCUGUCAGGACACUGCUAAUUAUGUCAAGAACCAGUUAGUGCGCACGUCACAAGUGCUGCGGGAGGAGUUUGAGAAGAUGCACCAGUUCUUGCGGGACAGAGAGGCAGCUGCCAUGACAUCCCUGAGGAGGGAAGAGGAGGAGAAGAGUCUGCGGAUUGCUGAGAAGAUGGAGAAACUUACAGACGGCAUCGACGAACUGAAAGACGCAAUGCAACAGACGGAGGAGGCCAUGGUGUUGGAAAACCAUGUCUUCCUGAAGAACUACAAGAGGGCUUCUGAAAGGGCUGGGUACAGAAUAGCUGAGCCAGAAGAGGAGUUAGGAUCGCUGCUGGAUGUGGCCAACCACCAGGGUUGUCUUCGCUUCCAUGUCUGGGAAAAGAUGCUGGACACCUUUGAAUAUGUCCCAGUGACUCUUGACCCCAACACAGCCUCUGCCUGGCUGAGCAUUUCCCCAGACCUGGCCAGCGUGUGUGCCUGCGAGGAGACUCACACGCUUCCAGUUCCGGCCAACCGGGAGAGAUUCGUGGGGCCGAGGGCCGUCCUGGGCUCCGAGGCCUUUGAGGCCGGGAGACACAGCUGGGAGGUUGAGGUGGGCGACAACACCUGCUGGUCCCUGGGAGUAGCCAGAGAGAACAUCAGCCGCAGGAAGGACUCCUGGUCAGGAGGAUUGGAGCCAGGUGGGGAGGACAGUGUGGCCGGCCUCGGCGUCAGUGAACGCUGGGUGCUCUCCCUCUCCGAUGGCCAUUAUCGUGCCUUUCCCAGCCAUGGUGGCGGACCGAUCGGGCUGAGACGAAGGCCCCGUCGAGUGACGGUUCAGCUGGACUGGGAGAGGGGUUGUCUGACGCUGUCGGAUGCAGCGGACAACAGCCUGAUUCACCGCUUCAAGCAGCAGUGGAGCGGCCCGCUACGGCCCUACCUCUCCACCACGUGUGCCAAACAUCCGCUGCGUAUCAAUGCCAGGAAGGUGACAGUGAUCGCAGACUAAGACGUCCUGUUCAGAAGGCUGUCGUUGAUGUCCAGAGUACACUGGGUAAACACACCAACAGGGUUUCUCUUCAGGAAUUAACCAUUCAAGUGUUCCUCAGAGGCUUUGUGUCUUGACGGUCAACAAAUAUGGUUAUGAAAGUGUGAAUACCACAAUAUAAAUCCCAUUUAGUGGUUAAGGUUAUUUGGAUUGAAUAAAAGUAUGUACAUUGGCCAAUAUUUUAGAAAGGUACACAUUUAAAUAUGAAUUUAAUAGGUAGUUAGCUUUAAAAAAACGAUAUAUACGGUUGUUUCACACUUACAGACUUUUAACCUUGUGUCUGUGUAGAUUAAGAUAAGAACUUUAUUUCAUCCCAUGCAUGAAAAUUCACUUGUUACAGCAGCCCAUGGAAUAUAGAAAGUAUUGCUGCAUAGAAAUACAGCAAUACAUGCAUACAUACAUCAAAUAAAAUAAAAAAUCACACAGUGAUUACAAUGUCAUGCCAAAAGGGCAUAAAUGUACACCCCUGGGGUUUUCAAAAUAAAUUAGGCUAAGAGGUCCUACACUACAUAAUAAAUACUUAAUUACACAUGGAAACAGCGGUUUACAGCAUAACAAAUUACAGAUGCAACAAUAUUGUUAUAAAAAGUCCUUAAAAGAGGCCUACACACCGACUUUCUUUUGACGACUUUUGCCCUUCUCUGUAAUCUAGGGCCUUCUUUGGCCCUAGAUUACAGCAUGUUGUGAAUUUACAAUGAUAAUUCUGUUUGUGGUCAGUAUGUUUAUCAGUCUAAUUCUGCUGGGUUUACACUGUGGGUGCAUAGCAAUUAAAUAGUUUUCCACCUC